AUGGCGCCGAUUUCAAUUACUGAGCCACCGAUCUCAGAAUCUUUAGAGCCUAUUGCUAUAAUAGGAAUGGGAUGCCGCUGGCCCGGAGACUCAGAGUCCCCUUCUGAGCUUUGGGAUUAUCUUGAAGCGAAAAGAAACUCUUACAGCAAGUUUCCUGAGAGUAGGAUCAAUGGCGAUGCAUUUUAUCAUCCAGAUGGAAACAGGCCGGGCUCAUUCAAGACCGAGGGUGGCUGCUUCAUCAAGUCUGAUGUAAGGCAAUUUGAUGCCAGCUUCUUUGGGAUUCACCCCAAAGAAGUGUUAACCCUGGACCCGGCACAGAGGAAAUUCCUCGAGGUCGUGUAUGAGGCUGUUGAGUCAGCAGGUGUUCCGCUCCACAAGUUUUCGAGUUCUUACACCGGCACCUUUGUGGGCAACUUCAACUAUGACCAUCAAUUGAUGCAUUAUCGGGACCCUGAGAACGCUAUGCCCUAUUCCGUUACUGGGAGUGGCAUCACUAUCCUCAGCAAUCGUAUCAACUAUAUCUUCAACCUCAAGGGUCCGUCCAUGACCUUGGACACGGCUUGUUCAAGCUCUCUCUACGCACUUCAUGUUGCAUGCUCGGCCAUUCAGACCGGAGACUGUGACUCGGCCAUAGUCGGAGGAACCAAUCUGAUCCUAACCCCGGAAUGUCAGAUAUUCUCGUCUGUGCUCGGUGCUGUUUCGCCCACUUCAGUUUGUCACACAUUCGACUCGCGUGCGGACGGAUACGCCCGUGCUGACGGCAUUGGCGCGCUCUACAUCAAAAAGCUUUCCCUUGCUGUAGCCGACGGUGACCCCAUCAGGGCCGUGAUUCGAGGCACGGCAUUCAACGCAAAUGGAAGGACAGGUGGUAUCACACAUCCUAGUCCUGAUGGCCAAGAGGCAUGUAUCCGACGCGCCUACGAGAGGGCUGGCGGACUGGACACGUCGCUCACAGGCUACUUUGAAUGUCACGGCACUGGUACUCCCGUCGGUGACCCCAUCGAAGUGUCAGCCUUGGGCAGGAUAUUCGCUGCAGGUAGAACUGAUGCGAAUCCCCUGCUGAUCGGUUCGAUCAAAUCCAACAUGGGACACAGUGAGCCUUCGAGCGGCAUUGCUGGAGUGAUGAAAGCCGUCUUGGCAAUCGAGCGAGGUGUUAUUCCACCAACAAUUGGCAUUGAGACAUUGAAUCCAAACGUGGAUUUGAAGGAUGGACGGCUCAAAAUUGUCCAACAGAGCACGCCGUGGCCUGAUUUACCCAUCAGGAGAGCCAGCAUCAACUCCUUCGGCUACGGAGGCUCGAAUGCACAUGCAAUUGUUGAAUCCGCUGAGACACUUCUUCCGGGCUACAGAUCUAAACAUCAGGCCAGUAAGGAGUCUGCCGCUCUGGUGGUAUUUGCGAACAGAAAUGGUUUAACGAAGAAGCCACUUCAAAAUGGCGAUACAAACCACAGCACCGCGAAUGGACAUGGCCAUGUUAACGGAAAUGGCAUCAUCAAAGCCAACGGCACCGCGAAUGGGAACGGCCAUACGAAUGGUACAACCCAACACAUUGCAAAUGGAAGAAGUUCGCAAAAGGGACCUCAAAAGUCCCAAUAUCUACUACCCUUUUCGGCACACGAUGAAAAGACAUUACGCACCAAUCAUGGUGCACUUGCUUCAGUAUCAUCCCACUGGAAGCUUGCCGACAUUGCGCACACGCUCAGUGUAAGACGGAGCUUGUUUCAGUAUCGGUCCUUCAUCAUCACAGACGCCAGCAAGGCCGAAAAUGGUAUAUCAGAAAAGAUUUCAACCCCUUUCAAGGUACCGGCGACAGCAACUCCCACCAUAGGUUUCAUUUUCACUGGCCAGGGUGCUCAGUGGCCCCGUAUGGGUGCCGAAUUGAUGGCGGAGUAUCCCAGCUGCCUUGCUACCGUCAGGAGGCUAGACAAUCAUCUCAACGAUCUCGACGAGGGCUACAGUCGACCUUGGAGCAUUGAAGAAGUACUCAGUCAAGAGCCUGAACAAAGCACGGUGCACAAGGCAGAGCUAUCACAGCCCUUGGUGACAGCCUUGCAGAUCAUGUUGGUCAAUUUGCUUUCUCGCUGGAACCUAUUGCCUCGGACUGUCGUUGGACAUUCUUCUGGAGAAAUAGCAGCAAGCUACGCCGCCGGACUCUUGACUGAGAAGGAAGCGAUCAUUACGGCAUAUCUUCGGGGAAAGGCAGUAGCAGAGAACAAGACUGCCGGCCUGAUGAUGGCGGUUGGUGGCGAGCUUUCUACGAUACAACCUCUGGUCGACAGUUAUGACUCGCAGAUUACAAUUGCAUGUCACAACUCUCCAGAAAGCCACACGUUGAGCGGAGAUGUGGAUGCGAUGCUUGAGCUGAAGGCAACUCUAGAAGAAAACAAGAUAUUCUGCCGCGUCCUGCUGACCAACGACAACGCUUACCACUCAGACCACAUGAGGGCACUCGGUCCCAAAUACGAGCGUGACUUGGAGGCUUUGAUGCCCAAGAAGACUGCUGCAGAGACCCUCAAGCAAAGAUCAAAGACUCGAACCUGCCAAGCUGAAUUCUUCUCUUCGGUCUUUGGACACGCCGCCCCUCGGGCCAUACUCGGCGCCAAGUACUGGCGACAAAAUCUCGAAUCUCCGGUUCUCUUCCACCAAGCGGUCACAGAAAUGCUUAUCAACUGCCCUGUUGACAUUCUCGUCGAAGUUGGCCCGCACGGUGCACUUCAAGGACCUCUUCGUCAGCUUUCCAAGAGCAUUAGUGAUAGCACCAAGUUUCCAACAUACUAUCCCACGUUGACUCGUGGCUCCAAUGAUGUGACGAGUAUCCUGACACUAGCCGGAAACUUGUUCACUCUAGGCUAUGAAAUCGACCUUGGUCGGGUCAAUGCCACAGAGACUCGCGGCGGCAAUGAUUAUCAAUUUGCCAAAGUAAUCACAGACCUGCCACGCUAUCAAUGGCAAUAUCCAAACGAUGUUCUAUUGUACGAGAAUCGCUACACUCGUGAAUGGCGACUCCGUCUGCAUGAAAGACAUGACAUCCUUGGGAGCAGGAUACCAGGCACCAACCAGUCAGAGCCUAUUUGGCGAAACAAGCUCAUUGUGAAGAAUGUACCGUGGCUGACAGACCAUCGCAUCGGAAAGGACGUGGUAUUUCCCUCUACUGGCUAUCUCAGUAUGGUAGUAGAAGCGGCAACUCAAGUUGUCGAAGUCGAAGGUCUACAGGCAUCGAGCAUCGAAUUCUACGAUAUCCGGAAUGUUAGUCUAUUCAGGGCUCUCAUGAUACCUGAAGAUGACAUGGGAAUCGAGACUCUGUUCACCUUUAGACCAUCCUCCCUGAAUUCUGUAUCCUCCCAUCAGUGGGUCUUUGACUUUGUCCUCACUUCGGUCGCAAACGAGGAGGGACAGGAUACAUUCGUGGAACACUGUCGUGGUCAGGUGGAAGUCAGUUUCGACAAAUAUGAUUUUGCCGAGAGUAAACUGAUGAGCGAUGUCCACGCUCCUUCUUCGAAGGCGAUCAAUGCAGCACAAUGGUACGAGAGCUUCGCAGCAGCAGGGCUAUGCUACGGACCAAUUUUCCAAGGCCUGUCCAAUAUUUCUGCGAUUGGAAAGCCAAACACCACGCGAGCAGAAGUUGGUUUGGAACCUACCGCAAAGACUAUGAUCAGGGAAUCGCGAUACGUGCUGCAUCCUGCCACCCUUGAUGCCAGCCUGCAGCUCUCGAUUGUCGCAGCGCACAACAACACAGCGACCAAGUUUAAGCGAGGAUUCAUGCCUACUUCUUUCGAAAGCAUCAAGCUGUGGCCGGGAAUCGCAAGCCAGAGCCAUAAGUUCACUGAAGUCUAUGCCAGCUCAACGCUCAAGGGCGUUCGUGGCUUGUCUUCCGACGUUCUAUUGUUGGGUGCACAGGGUCAAAGGAUGCUGGAGGCAACCAAUGUUUUCCUGACUGCUGCUGAUCAGACCGCUCUCAAGCUGAUUGAUGAUCCUGCUCCAUUCACAAGGAUCGUUUGGAAGCCUGAUUUUGAUCACCUCACUUCAAACAUCAUGGCCCAACUGUACCCACCGGUCGUGCUCAGCGACGAUGCAGUGAUCCCCUCUCUGAAUACCCUCGCUUUGCACCAGUUGAUCCAAUUCAAGGCGACUCAUGCACAUGUUUUCGAGCAAGGUUCAGAUCAGCCUCAUCUGCAACGGCUGUUGGACUGGACAACAGAGAAGUUGUCAGCUGCCGAAAAGGAUCCUGCCUCUCCCGCUUCAAGUAUCAUGCAGUACGACGAGUCGCACAGAGCUCAGGAAAUUGAGCGUAUCUCUAGCGGACUCAAAGCUGCGUCUUCUGAAGCUCGACUGAUGUGCCAUCUAUACGAGAAUCUUGCUGCGAUCUACAGUGGGGAAAAAUCAGGUAUCCAGGUAGCAUUGCAAGACAACUUGCUGAUUGACAACUAUGAAAGUGGCCAAGUCUAUCGGGAAGGCAACCAGCGCCUAGCUUCAGCAGUGGCAUUGUACGCCCAUAAACACCCGAAUUUGAGAAUCCUCGAAGUGGGCGCGGGAACCGGGAGUGCGACUAACCAAAUCCUACCGGCUCUCAAAGGAGAGAGCAUCUGGCGUCAAUACUCAGAGUAUCGAUUUACAGAUACGACGCCUUCGUUCCUAGCUAGUGCAGAAGAACGAUUCUCCCGCUUUGGUGGAAUGACCUUUGGAACCUUUGACAUGGAAAAGAGCGGGGAGUCCCAAGGCUACCAGCAGGAUUGGGAUGUCGUGGUUGCCUCAAACGUCAUCCACGCAACGUCCGACAUUCGCAGUACGCUUGUCAAUGUUCGAAACGUUCUCAAGCCGGGUGGCAAGAUGAUACUCCUAGAGUUGACACAAUCACAGCUCAGCGCCGGUCUAGUGCUGGGCACCUUUAGCGACUUCUGGAAAGCGGAUCACGAUCCUAGCUAUCCUCGUUACGAUGGGCCUUUUAUCAGCAAGUCUCUGUGGCAGACUGUCCUUUCUGCUUCAGGCUUCUCAGGGCUUGAUCUCUUCCUAGAUGACUACGCAGGCGCAAAUAUCUCGGCAACUGUCAUUUGUGCAUCAGCCGUGGACGCCCCAACAAGCGUACCGCGUCAGAUCACAAGCCAGGACCAACGGGGCAUUACUCUCAUCUAUCGAUCCCAACCCGCCUCGUUCAUCCAAUCGUUGGCUGCUUCUCUCGCCGAGACCACUGGUAUCGCCGUCGACGUAGCAUCUCUUGCAGAAAUUGAGACUUCUCGCUACAUGAGGUUCAUUUUCCUCUUGGAGACAUCCGAGCCUUUCUUUCUCGAUGCGACAGAGCUGGAGUGGAAGCACGUCCAAUUAGCCUUGGGACGAUCGACAGCAUCCUUAUGGCUGACAUGUGGAGAUCUCAUUACUGGUACUGAGCCCCUCUAUGCUAUGAUAUCGGGGUUGGCAAGAGGAAUCAGAACAGAGAACAGUUCGAUCCGGCUCAGCAUUCUUGACCUGGACAAGACCCCAGUUGACUCUGAUGCGGAGCUCUUCAGACUCAUCGGACAGCUGGAGUCCAGGGUAGCGGACACGAGUAGAACAAAUGAUGACUCCGAGUUCCGACUCAAGAACGAGGAGGCGAAGACCUCAGUAAGCUCUGAUCAAAGCCCUGCUGAGGUACCGCUGAAGGACUUCAAGUCGGCCCCCCUUCAACUUGCUAUCGGCAAGCCUGGAGUUCUGAGUACGGUACACUUCAAGAAGGACCCGGAAUUCUCGAAGCCGCUAGCCGCAGAUGAAGUUGAGAUCGAGGUGAAAUUUGCCGGCCUCAAUAACAAAGAUAUUGCAGUCUUGACAGGCCGUCACCACUCCGACUCCUUUAGUGACGAAUGUUCGGGUAUCAUCACUAAAGUUGGCAGCGAGGUCCAGAACUUCAAGGUUGGUGACUCGGUCUACUGUCAGUCUUUUUCUAGAUUUGGCAAUUUUGUCCGAGACAAGGCAAUCUUCUGUCAGAAGCUCGAGGACGGCGAUACCCUUUCAGGAACAGCCACUCUUCCCAUUGCCUUUUGCACCGCGCUACAUGGUUUGAUCGAUCUGGGUCGGCUGGAAAAAGGCGAGAGCGUGUUGAUUCAAUCCGCUACCGGUGCCGUUGGUUUGGCGGCCUGCCAGAUUGCCAAGAUGGCUGGAGCACAAAUCUAUGCUACUGUCGGCACGGAUCAGAAGAAGGCGGAAUUGCUUCAGAUGGGGUUCGGUAUCCAAGAGAAUUGCAUCCUUCCGUCACGCGACCGAUUUUCGGCCCGAAGACUCCUGGAGAAGACUGGUGGCCGAGGCAUUGAUGUCAUACUCUGCAGCGCUCGUGGAGAACUCAUGCAUGAGUACUGGAAAUGCAUUUCUACUGGCGGACGAUUUGUUGAGAUUGGAAGGACAGAGGUAUUGGAUAAUGGCAGCUUGAGCCUGGAUGUCUUCAGGCGGAAUGCUACAUUCACAUCUUUUGAUCUCGAAGUCAUGAGCAACGAGAAGCCACAGGUGAUUGCUCGUUUGAUGAAAACCAUUCAGCAGCUCAAGAGCGAAGGCCUCAUCACACCUCUCCCUUUUGAAACAUUUGAUGUUGCUGAGAUCGACAGAGCUUUCAUGACGUUCACUAAGGGUGCUCACAUUGGAAAGCUGCUUGUUGAAUACAAUGAGCAGUCGGGAAAAGGUAUCAAGGUACAACGAGAUCCCUUCACUGCCAAGUUUGACCCAGACGCCGCAUAUCUACUAGUCGGCUGUUUAGGAGGUCUUGGCCGAAGCUUUAGUGCCUGGGCUGUGUCACGCGGGGCCCGACAUCUCAUCUACCUCUCUCGUUCGGGAGCGGCUGGCAGUGAAGCACAGGCAUUCCUUGACGAGCUCGCGCACAACGGCGUCGACAUCACGGUCGUGAAAGGUGACGUGACAUCUCUCACUGAUGUGGAAGCGGCCGUCAAGUCCUCGCAAUACCCUAUCAAGGGCGUGGUACAAGGAGCACUCACUCUGCACGAUGGUCUAUUCGCGGACAUGUCGUUGGACCGCUUCUAUGCCACCGUGCGCCCGCGUGUCAUCGGCACGCUGAAUUUGGAUGCGGCGACAAGAGACUGCCCUCUGGACUUCUUUGAGCUUUGGUCCUCGUGGACUGUCAUCUUUGGCACCGCCACGCAGGCCAACUACCUCGCCUCCAACGCCUUCUUGGAUGUCUUUGCCCGACACCGAUGCUCCCGCGGGCUCCCUUGUACCAGCUUGGCGCUGAGUCAAGUCCUUGGAAUUGGCAUUGUCUCGUACAUGCCCGAGUAUCAGCAAGCCAUGAUUCGCAAUGGCUUCUACGGAAACGACGAGGAAGAGUUCUUGCAGUACUGCGAGACGGGCAUCCUGCCGCCAGCCAAAGGCACUCAGGAGGAUCCAACAUUCAAGUACGAUCCUCAGACGGCCGCCCAUCUGCUGGUAGGAAUCGAGCCUGCAGGCCUGAAGAACGUCGACCGCAAGCACCCCUUGUCGGACAUGCUCUGGUAUCGGGAUCCUCGUUUCCAGAACCUGAUCCAGGCUACGGACUUGCUUUCUGCGGGUAGUCAAGAUAAGAGAAGUGCAGCAGCCGAGGAAGGAACAGCGCUGGACCGCAUCCGAGGCAAGAUUUCGCGGCUUCUGUACAUGAACGUCGACGAGGUGGACGCGGACAAGGCUAUCAACAACUAUGGCAUUGACAGCAUGGUGGCGGCCGAGCUGCGGAAUUGGUUCGUCGCUACCUUUGGGAAAGAGGUCAGCAUGUUGAAGUUACUGAGCGCGACAAUGACGGUACAGAAAUUGUCCGAGGAAGCAACCAAAGACAGUGAGUAGAUGGGGUCUGUGAGGGAGCAAUUCCAUGACAGUGCAGGGCAGUUUGGGC